CCUCCACGAAGCACUGAUGCCCAUCCGCCCACACAGAGCACAACUCCCUCCCGCAACUCCACGAGCACAUCCGCACCCACCUCUUACAGCACACACACCCCUUCACACCACCACACCCACGCCCACCAAUCAUCCUCUCCCGUCUCUCCAUUUGCGCCCACGAAUCAGCAGCCCAGCACUGUAGCACAGCCCCCAGCCCACGCGCUGACGUCACCGCGCGCGUGAGGUGUCCGUCGCCCUCGCGGGGGCUCGGGUGGUCAGCACCUACCUCGCAUCAAAAGCAGGCUCCAGAAUAAUUGAUACCGGGAUACGCGUACACGUACCUAGCUACACGUAUAAGAGCCCGAUCCGCGUCCACUCUUGCUACUUUAAUCACUCUACCAACUACCUCCUUCCACCACCACCACCACCACAACAACAAACAACCACAAACAAACUCUCCACCUCCAAACCCACCAACAAAACCAAGCCAAAGCACUACUCCCACCUACCAAAAAUGGCCAUCACAAACUCUAACGAAUCCGGCCUCACGUCCGGCGUGCGCUUCGUGACCUCCACAGUCGGCAACACGGUCGGCGGCCUGACCAACACCGUCGGCGGGGUCGUCGGGGCCGCCGGCCGCGGCGUCGGCCAGACAAUCGAGGGCGCGACGGGCUCCGCGGGCCGUGGCGUCGGAAAGGGCGUUGCCGACGUGGCGACGGGCGUCGAGGACGGGGCGGCGCGCGUCGCGCGCGGCGUCAAGAAUGCUGGCGAGGGGAAGUGAGUGAUGAUUGAGAGAGCGGACGGAAUGAGAGAGGAAUAGGGAAAGAGUUUUUU